AACGGUCAAUCUACACAAGUCAGAUUGAGAGAUUUCAGAAUGGAUUUCUUCAUUAGACAGAAGUCUUCGACGCAUAAUCAAAUGCUAAAAUUCGAGAGCUUGUUCAAAUGUCUAACUGAGAAAGAUUCAAUUUUUCUUUCUUUCUUGUUUCUUCUUCUUCUUCUUUAGAUUCAAGUUCUGAUUUUUAUAAAUCAAAAUUCGUUCGUCUCUUUGAAAAACCCAAAUCUUUCUUCUGGGUUUCUAUAAAAAAAAAACUUUUUGUUGUUGUUGUUGUUGUUGUAGAUAGCUAAGAAAGUGAGGAGCUUUUUAGAUGAAAGUGAUGGUAAUGGAGAUGGAGGAAGGUGUUAAAGAAAAUGGUGCAUCAACCCCUAAAUCGAGAGUCACAAACCAAACUAGAGCUCUUUUAUCAAUGCGUCUGCUUCAGAUUUUGUUAUUGUUUCUUGUUUUGACUCUUGGGAUCUCUGUUGUUGGUAUACACAUGAUCAAGUUCUUAAAGAUUCAACAUUUGGAUCCUGUGGCUCCAACCACUGUGCUCUCUAUGUAUGACCAUGAGACUGUUAGUUUAGAUAGCUUUAUUAGACCUCCUUCCAAUGUUUGGCACUCAAUGAAUGACACUGAAUUGCUUUGGCGUGCUUCGAUAGAGCCGCAGAGAAAUGGGUAUCCGUUUAAACGAGUACCUAAACUGGCUUUCAUGUUUCUUGCCAAAGGUCCUUUACCAUUUGCUCCACUUUGGGAGAAGUUCUUUAAGGGAAAUGAGGGUCUUUACUCUAUCUAUGUUCAUUCAUUGCCUAAUUAUAAAUCGGAUUUUUCGAGGUCAUCUGUGUUUUACAGAAGAUAUAUCCCUAGUCAGGCUGUGGCAUGGGGAGAGAUGAGUAUGGGUGAAGCUGAGAGGAGGCUUUUGGCUAACGCGUUGCUCGAUAUCUCUAAUGAAUGGUUUGUUCUGCUGUCUGAGUCAUGCAUUCCUCUGCGCGGUUUCAGCUUUAUCUAUAGUUAUGUCUCUGAAUCAAAGUAUAGUUUCAUGGGUGCUGCUGAUGAGGAAGGACCUGAUGGAAGAGGCAGAUACAGGACUGAAAUGGAACCUGAGAUCACUCUAAGCCAGUGGCGGAAAGGGUCUCAGUGGUUUGAAAUUAACCGGAAACUCGCUGUUGAGAUUGUUCAAGACACUACAUACUAUCCCAAAUUCAAAGAGUUUUGUAGACCUCCAUGUUAUGUUGAUGAACAUUACUUCCCCACAAUGCUGUCUAUGAAACAUCGUCUUUUGCUGGCUAAUCGGACAUUGACAUGGACAGAUUGGUCACGUGGUGGUGCUCAUCCAGCUACUUUUGGUAAGGCUGAUAUAACGGAAAGUUUUCUCAAGAAGCUUCCGGGAGCCAAAUCCUGCCUCUACAAUGAUCAGCAGUCUCAAAUCUGUUAUCUAUUUGCGAGAAAGUUUGCUCCAAGCGCAUUGGAGCCCUUACUGCAACUUGCACCCAAGAUUCUUGAGUUGGGUUCUAACAUAUCUUCCACUCGUCACUCUUGGUUUUUGUUUUGAUAAGUGCUUGAGUUUAGAGUAUGAUCAUGGACCGAACUGGUCAUUAGUUUAUCUCCUCUUUCACAAUGAGAUAUUACAGGUAUUGUGAUCCUUUAUCAUAUUUUUGACAUGUCAGAUUAUUGAAUAAGAGAGUUUUGAGUUCUUUUCAGUCCCUAGGAGCAUCCGUUUCUAUGUUUAGAAGUCUAAAAUUACUCGUAAAUUGGGUUUUUUCAAGAAGAGUAAAGGAACUUUCUUCUAAAUGCU